UUUCAGGAUCGCCAUGCAACUGGCCACUCAACACCAAAGAUUGACUCCUGGCAGGAUUACGAGCCUAUAUCUCUACAAAAGGACAGUGGCAAGACCAUAAUGAAGUUUAAACGAAAGUUUGAAACUUGCGAUUUUGAAGACAUCAGAGUUGCGGAAGGAACAACAAAACUCAUCUAUGCAUUUCAUACAGGUGAUCCUAACUCUGAGGAUGAUAUUCCAAUGCACGACAUCAAUAGUAUGGGAGCCAGAAGUGUUUUUCUACUCAAUACUUUUGAGAAAGUACCCAAACUACCCGUUGAUGCGAAGUCCUUCGAUUUCAAGAUGAACAAGACAGCUGUACCGGUAAAUCGCACAACGUACAUGUAUCGGGUGUUUGAGUUUCCGGACCUCUUAGGAAGACAUGACAUCGUUCAGAUCGAUCCCAUUGUUCAAGCAGGAAACGAGGGGGUUGUACACCAUAUGAUACUGUACGAGUGCAGAGAUAAUUUUCCACAGAUUCACGUCGACUUUGAGGGAACAACCAAUUCUCCAGAAAUGCCUCCCCCAGUGCUACAAUGUAUUGGACUCUCGAUAAUAACAGCCUGGGCGAUUGGAGGUCAGUCAUUUUAUUAUCCCGAACAUGUGGGACUCUCCUUCGAAGGUCAUCCGAAAUUUGCAGUUAUGGAAAUGCAUUACGAUAAUCCUGAAAAUAAAGCAGGCAUUAUAGACAGCUCUGGUCUACGAUUUCAUUACACAAGUCAACUCAGACAGUACCAAGCUAGUAUUUUGUCUGUUGGGUGGGCUGUAGACCCAUUAAUGAUAAUACCACCCGAUCAAGCAAACUGGACGACGGAGGGUUAUUGCAUCAAAGGAUGCACAGAAGAGGGUUUGCAAGGAUCACCUUUGGAGAGCGGAGCAAUCCGAAUAUUUGCCAUAGUCCAUAUGCAUUUAAGCGGUCGCGCCAUAUACACCCGACAUGUCAGGAAUGGUGUCGAACUUCCAGAGGUUAUCAGAGACGACAACUACGAUUUCAACUUUCAGGAAGUUCAGGUUCCAAGACAGGAGGUGACAGUUUUGCCGGGAGACUCGCUGAUAACAGUCUGCAAGUAUCAAACAGAAAAUAAACAAAAAAUUGGUACGUUGAUAACUUGUGAUGAAAUGUGCCUAUCGUUCCAUUAUUACUACCCAAAAGCAAAUUUAACCCAGUGCUGGUCUAGCCAGAAGCCAGCUGUCGAUAAAUUCUACAGUAACCACGGUGGACAAGUUCCACCAAAUCCAAAUGAUUGGACUGAAGAGUUGGUUUCUGAACUAUGGGAUAGUUAUCAAGACACUCAGGACAUUUACGUCUACUGUAGUGGCCAUAACAGUAUUCCUUUGUCGGGAAGCGGAGGUAAAAGCGAGGCAUCCGCGAAGGGCGAGUCAUUUCUCUCGCUUUUCCUUACAUGCACACACAGGCUCAAGCAAAUCCACACCAAAAUGUGCGGGCACUUGUUGAAGCUACAUUUGCAGAAAUUUGCCACAAUGUCAGCUUUUUGUCAGAUGCAGAAGAUCACGAAGGUAUCUGCCUGCUGUUUGCUGAUCUUCGUAUGUUUAGCGAAGUCGUCCAUCAUUGAUCUUACAUCAGGACAUUCCUUCUUUGCUGCUUUGGAUGAGAGCCAGAAAGUGAAGCUAUUUUGGAAUGUCGACACUGCAAAGAAAGAGAUUUAUUUUACAGUGGAAGCCCAAACAACUGGAUGGGUCGGCUUUGGAAUUUCCACAGGUCAGGGAAAGAUGCAAGGAGCUGAUAUUGUUAUCGGCUGGGUGAAGGAUGGCGAAACAUACUUCAAGGAUCGUCAUGCAACCGGACACUCCACACCAAAGAUCGACUCUCAGCAGGAUUAUGUCCUGAUCGCCCUACAAGAGGAAAGUGGCAAGACCGUUAUGAAGUUUAAACGAAAGUUUGAAACUUGCGAUACGGAUGACAAUUCAAUCAAGGAAGGCACAACUAAAGUCAUCUACGCUAUGCACCCAAAAGAUCCAGAAUCUGAAGAUAAUAUUCCAAUGCACACCAUAAGAGGAGCAAGAAGUGUGUUUUUACUCAACGCUAUUAAAGACGUGCCCAAGCUUCCGGCUGAUGCCAAGACGUUCGCCUUCCUUAUGAACAAGACACAAUUGCCACCUAAACGUACAACGUACUAUUACCGCGUGUUCCAGUUUCCAACUCUACCUGGGAGACGGGACGUUAUUAGGAUCGAACCUGUUAUCCAAGAAGGUAAUGAAGGAAUUGUUCACCAUAUAUUACUUUACCAGUGUGAUCACAACAAUUUCCCUUCGAGCAAUCUCAGCUAUGAAGGAGUGGGUAAUUCCCCUGACAUGCCGCCUGCUGUGAAAAGUUGUACUGGACCUUCCACCAUUGCCGCCUGGGCGAUUGGAGGCGAGACCUUUUAUUUUCCUGAACACGUGGGAUUUUCCAUUGGAACAAAUGACAGUCCAAAGAUCGUAGUAAUGGAAAUGCAUUACGAUAAUCCUUUACAAAAAACAGGCAUUUUAGACAGUUCUGGUUUGCGCUUUCAUUACACAAGUCAACGUAGAGAGUACCAAGCUGGUAUUUUGACCGUUGGAUGGCUUGUGUCUAGAAGUAUGAUCAUUCCGCCUCAUCAAGAAAGUUGGGAAACACAAGGCUAUUGUGUUGAAGAUUGUACAAAAGAGGGUAUGAAAGGAUCCUCUUUAUCCGGCGGAGGAAUCAAAAUAUUUGCCUCUGCUCUCCACACGCAUUUGGCUGGUCAUGCAGCGUACACUAAGCAUGUCAGGGAUGGUGUCGAACUUCCAGAGAUUAUCAGAGACGAUAACUAUGACUUCAACUUUCAAGAGUUCCAAAUUCCAGCUGAGGAAACCACAGUCAUGCCGGGAGACACGUUGAUAACUGGGUGCAAAUAUCAUACAAAGGACCAUCCAAAAUCCGGCGGUCUGGGAACGAACGAAGAGAUGUGCCUAUCCUUUCAUUACUACUAUCCUAAAAUUAAUUUGUCUAACUGCUUAUCGUGCCAGUGUUCAGCUGUGGAAAAUUGGUAUCAAUCACACUACUCGCAACAUCCCGCAAAAAACAACUCUCUGUGGAACGAUAAGUGGACUCCCGGACUGCGAGACAGUUAUCGAGACACCAACGCUAUAAAUGCUCACUGCAGUGGUGUUGACGGAAAGGACCUGCCGGGUCUCGGUUGGAAAGUAGUGGACAAGCCAAAAAUCGACAUUCCUUUGAAGCCUGAGCCGGUGUGCCAAGGUGUACCCUCCAGCUCUCCUAACAAACUGGCAUCGUACAGCCUUGGGCUGGUAACAAUUCUUUUUGCCGUGCUUCUCUCUUGUAUGUACUGAUUUCGAUACAAACCAAGGGGUUAAAAACUACAUGUAUUCUCAGUUUCCACUGAAAGUAAUUCCCAUUUAACCAAGUAAUCCACUUUUAUACUGAAAAUUGAGCUGAAUACAUAAAUUGAUAUCUUUCCAGAAAAAAAGGAGGCACGGAAGGCUUUCCCAAUGGAAAACUUUCUCAAAAUACCAUUUAACAGUGCAUGACAAGACUUUGUGUAUUGCAAUUUAUUUAACCAAUCACAGCAGCAAAUAGUAUCUAGUCUAAAGCAGAAAUAGUAGUAACAAUUGUAAUCACUUUGAUCUUUUUGAGAAGUAAGUCAGGAUUCCUUGAGCCUAUUUAUAUCAAACUGAAAAAAGUGCAUAGUGCUUUAUCAUAAUUUGACAGCUAAAUUUUGUGCAGUUUUGAAUUAAAUAAAAAUCCCUUAAGCGGAAACUUAA